GUUCUGCUGCGCUGGUGAUGUUUAGGAUUUUAUGGGUUGUAUUUUGCUAAUUUCACUCGUCAUUGAAUUUUGUUUCGAAUUUCAACAGUUUAAUCGCUUGUACAGUUUCUAGUGUUUAGCGACAAGCAAACUGUUGUGCUAGCAAAUUCUAACAUCUAAAUAGUUUGAUAAAUCUAUUGAAUUAUUUUGUCAAUUUGCCAAACAGUAGUGAUUUGUUUUACAUAUUCAGACGAAAAGUAGUCAUUUGAUCUUGAAAACUAAACUAAAUUUAAUAUCGAUCUUAAAUAUAACGUAUAACGUUGUGUCCAGCCAAACAGUAGUUGAAACAUAAGAGUCAUUUUCAAGUGUGCGAAAUCCGAGGAAAGUGAUCAUUAUACUCUGGCUAAACAUCUGUAACGCUGAUAAUUGCCUAAUAGGUCGAAACUGUUGAUGUGGAGUGGGGAGCAGAUGGAGGAUAAAUUACAUGAUCGUGCGUUCGUAGAGAACUACUUCGAAAAUCUGAAUGAUUUAUCUAAAAAAAUUGCUUUAGAUAUUGAGGAAAUAAAAGCAACAUACGAACAUAUCUGGGAUGAUCUCAGCUCCGACGAACAAACAGAAAUUAUAAAUGAAACUUUGAUCAAACCAGAAUUGACACUGAAAUAUUUUGAUAACUUUUCUACUUCUUCCGAUUCGUUCAAGAACAUUAUUGACGGUGAAGACGAUAAUAGUGACGACCGGAAAGUCAAUUUGUACGAUGGUAGAUCAUUGCAAACCUUUCAGCACUUAAAAACAGGAAGGAAAGUGAUUCACGACGAAUCUAUUGGUUUGUUCCGAGACGAGCACUCUGCACCUUUCUCGCACAAAACUAAAAGUCAAAUUAAUUUGUCCAUAUUUCCACUGGAAAAGGAGAAACCAACCGAAAGGCGAUUAGAUCUUGCGAAAAAGCUGGAAAAAAUGAAAACAGAAAAACCAAAUAAAACUGGACAAGAUACUUUGAAAAUAACCGGAAUAGCCAAAAAUAGUGACAAUGAUCUGUCGUACAAUAAUAAUAAUAAUUUAACACGAGGAAUCAAAUCAACCGAUCAAACUAAUUUUCUUGCCAACUUCAUAUGUGGCCAGACUGGAGGACCAGUGUUGGUCUCUAAUGCUUCAAUAAGCGGAAGUGAUGAAGCAGACGGUCAGUCACUUGAGAAUAUAGGUUUCGAUGAUGAUAAAAUAAAUUUGUUUAGGAAUAGCUCCAGAAGCGACAGUCUUCAUCAAGUACGAUCUUCUUCUGUUGAGGAAGAUGAUAAGAACUUUGAUGAACUGAACAGUUUGCUAGGCAACAGCAAAGGUUUUGAUUUUCUCAAUAAUUGGUGAAACAAGCAUAGGCUAGAACCCCCAGUAAACUAAAUACUGGUAGCAGGGCAACCUUUCAUUUGUUGUUUGUCUAUUGUUCUUCUCGAGUUUCCUUCUAGUCUCUCUCCGCAUCGUCAUUUUCACUAUUUCUCUGUGUGUCGUUUUAAUUUAUCACGAAUCAUUUUGCACACAUUUUAAUAUUAAGAAUUCAAAACUCAAGAUACUCAAGUAGACUAUUCUAAGGCAACAGACUGAUUUUCUAAAACCAAAUAUAAAGGAAUAGAUAGUUGCGAGAGUAAACAGUACCUCAAAAUUUACUAGUUUUUGAGAGAGUUGAUCAAACUUUAUAAAACACAAUAGGCUCAUUCGUGGUUAGUUUUAUAGUUGAAAUAGAGAUAAUGGUGCACAUUACGGGAGUCACUUCACGGUGAAAUAUAUUUCACUCUCACGCUCACUUCACUUUUUUAGACCUAUUCCCGAUUCCACCUCAGGUGAGGUGACAAAAAUCACCUCCGUAGAGUGAGAUUGACAGUGAAGUGAAAUUGAGAAUAGGACAAGUGAAAUGAGAUUGUUUCCCAGCUCAAAAAUCUCCAAUUCCCAGAAAGUUGUUUUUUUAGAUAACACCAGAUGCAUUUCUAAGACAUUCGGCAUAAAAAAAAAUGUUUUUUUCGGUAUCGCAAAUUUCCUGAACUAGUUUGCAUUUUUUUCAUCGGGCAAAAAAAUGAAAAUUUGGCCGCUUUAAGGCACGGAUCAAAUUUUGAUUCGCUUCGUUAAUAAAGAAUAAAUCCAAUAUUUACCAUUAGAUCACAAAUCAAUCAACUUUAAGACUUAUGGCAUCUUCGUGGAAUCAUUUCACCGUUCAAAAUGGUCGUGAAAUAAUUCCACGCGGAACGUCGCUUUUUCCGUUCUCACUUCACUGAUAUGACACUCAUAAUAACCCAGAUUCCGCGGCAGAUGUCACUUUGCGACGUUUUUCUCACUUACGUGAGUCCCGUAAUAGGGUUUUGUUCACUUAACUCUGAUUUCACCGUGAAGUGACUCCCGUAAUAAGCACCAAUAUGACUGUAA